CUCGCUUUUUGUUCACCUCAGUGCCCAUUUCAAUCCCUAAUAACAACCCAAAACCGCCGUCACUUCCAAAUCAUCAACCAACCCUAAAUCACCAACCUUCCUCCGUCGCCGUUAGUUAAAAUUAACGGCGACGAGGAUGGCGAUAGAGAUGCCAAGAGGAUUACCAUUCUCCGUCGACACAUUUGGACCCAACACGACAACGAAGAAGACAAAAAGACACCAUUUCUUAACUCACGCUCACAAAGACCACACCGUCGGAAUCUCACCUUCCAACGUCGUCUUCCCAAUCUACUCCACUUCCCUCACCAUCUCUCUCCUUCUUCAACGUCAUCCUCAGAUUGAUGAGUCUUUCUUCGUGAGGAUUGAGAUUGGGGAAACGGUGGUUAUUGAUGAUAUUGAUGGUCGUUUCAAGGUUACUGCUUUUGAUGCUAAUCAUUGUCCUGGAGCGGUUAUGUUCUUGUUUGAAGGGAGUUUCGGUAACAUACUUCACACUGGUGAUUGUAGGCUUACACGUGACUGUAUACAUAACCUCCCUGAGAAGUAUGUAGGAAGACAAGGUCAGACACCAAAGUGCUGUCUUGAUUACGUCUUCUUGGAUUGCACAUUUGGGAAGUCCCCUCAGAGGUUUCCGACAAAACAUUCAGCAAUCAGACAGGUAAUCAGUUGUAUAUGGAACCACCCUGAUGCACCAAUUGUCUAUCUUGCUUGUGACAUGUUGGGCCAAGAGGAUAUUCUCUUAGAAGUUUCCAGAACCUUUGGCUCCAAGAUUUACAUCGACAAAGCUACAAACUUGGAAUGUUACAGAUCGUUAAUGGUUAUAUCUCCUGAGAUUGUCUCUGAAAAUCCUUCUUCCAGGUUUCACAUAUUCAGUGGGUUCCCUAGACUCUACGAGAGAGCAAGCGCAAAACUCGCUGAGGCAAGAUCGAAACGUCAGAGUGAGCCUCUUAUCAUCCGCCCUUCAGCCCAGUGGUAUGUUUGUGAUGAUGAAGAAGAUGGUUUCGAGAGUGUGAGCCAAGUUCAAAAGCAGAGGAAAGUUAGGUUUGAUGAAGCUGUUAAGGAUGAGUUUGGUGUUUGGCAUGUGUGUUACUCAAUGCAUUCGUCACGAGAUGAGUUGGAAUCUGCGAUGAGAGUUCUGUCUCCGAAGUGGGUUGUGUCAACAGUUCCUUCUUGUAGAGCAAUGGAGCUUGACUAUGUGAAGAAAAACUGCUUUGUUAGUCGGUUUUCUUCUGAUGAUCCUUUCUGGAAGCUUCUAGAUAUCGACAUGGAAGUUUCUUCAGCUGAUACUCAGACAGUAACUCUUAGUUGUUGUCUCAUGAGUGACAAGGAUUCUGCAAAUUCCAAGAUGGAACCAGUGAUUGAAUCCUCUACCGUAAAGAAACAGCUUCUGAGUUUAUCACCUGAGAAAGACCUUCCUGUAACUCUGUUUGGGAGAGCAAGGCUAAGUUCUCAGAUGGUAUCUGAUCAACUACAUGUGAGCCAAGCCAUACACAGUACACGUGUAGAGAAAAUGAAUCUUGAGGAAGUAGUUGAGUCUUUACAAGAAGAUACCAAGCAAGAAACAAUGGAGAAGGUAUCUUAUAGAAGCUUCUCUUCUUCUACGUCUUCAAAGGAGACUUGUAGAGAUCUUAGUGGUGAUUUGAGAAAGCUAUACAGAUCAAUGAAUGCACCUGUGCCUCGGCCACUACCUUCAUUGAUGGAGCUCAUGAACGCUAGAAAACGUUAUCGGAAAAGCUUUAAUUUCUAGCAAGGACGUUAAAAUGGGUUUGAAAUUAAUGGGCCUAAAUGGGCCUGAUAUGAACAAAAAAAAAGUGGUGAUUCAUAUACGUACGUGUGCAUACAAAUAUGUGUUGUUGUCACUUGUCACCAAAAGGAAAUAGUUAAAGACAGGUGUACACUCAUAUGAAUCAAUAUUUUUUUACUAAUUAUUUUCCACCUCUCUUCUUUUACUAAAUUUUUUUUUACUGUGAAUAAGUAGGCUGUAAAAUUUGUUAAUUUCCAAAAUAUUUGAAAAUAAAAAAUUAAUAUAUUAGCGG